GGCCGCAUUAGAGCACCCCUACCUACUAAAAGCUACAAAAAUCGUGCAAGCCGUUUUCGAGAUAAUUGAGUGUUUCCAUACAUAAAACCCACUCUGUAUUUUAGUUGUUGAAUCUACAAUCCCCUUUAUUUUUAACAUAUAGCGGCAAAUAUUAUUUUUACCAGAAACAACAAACACGUCUGGAAAAGUGAAAAAGUGUGUAAGCAUUUUUAUUUAAACACUUGAACUAUUAGUUAAAAUGUUUUACCAGUGGGUUCUAGACAUUUCGAAAUUUUUUAAGAUUUACUGCAAUGCUGACUCUAUAUCUCACGAUAUAAUUGCAGCUGUUUUUAUCAUGAGUCUUAUAACUUCUUGCUCUCUGAAUUUCGUUGAGUAUGUAUAUUUCGAAGACAGUCGUCCACGUUUGUCCUACUCCAUUUAUAUUUCCUAUUGUCGCGAGAUCAUUCACUGUUGUUGUCUUGUUUCUUGCAUCUACUUUGCUUCGUUCCAUAACAAAACACACGUUAUUCAACUACAUAUAUGUUUAAAACAGCUGUGUAAAGAUCUCUGUGUUAAGAAAGAUCCCAAAUUUCCCAUUUACCUUGCUUUCCUGCAGAUAGCUUGCAUUUUUUCGUUGAUGUUCCAUAUAAGUCAAAAUAGAGAAUUCAUAUUUCUACUCGCUAGUUAUUUGUCAAGUUCCUUCAGAUUAGAAAUUAUGAUCCUCUCCCUCAUACUUCAUGGUGCUAUUAUGAGGUAUAUUUGGCUAUGCUGUAUUAAGCUGAAAUAUAAGAUACGAAAAUUAAAGAACCAAAUCAUUCACUACAAUCUGAAAAAAAGAUCGUAUCGUUUUCCUAGUAGUGUCACAGAAAUAUUCCAGGACUUCGAUAAAGUUCUAGAUUUAGUGAAAUUGGUGAACAAAGUAUAUGGGUUUACCUUGAUGCUAUAUUUUGGAUACUUUAUGAUCAGUACAAUAAAAAAUCUUUUGGCGGAGUUUAUCUUUGGAAUUAUGUUUAAAAGAGGGAGGGUUCUAGUGAUUCCAAUAAACAGUUACCUAUCGGGAGUACAUGUGAUUUGUACUGUGGUGAUAAUAUCAACUUGUACCAAGGUGACGCAAGAACUGAAAAACUCAGCCCUGGAAAGUUUCGAAUUAUUUCUGCACCUCCCUCUUCAGUCCUAUUUCCCGGAGCAUGAGGAACUUUACGAGGAUAUUGUCGUGUUCGAGAGGUACAUUCACGAACCAGUGUACUUUUCUGCUGGUGGUUUCUUUGUGAUUGAUUCUUCUUUGAUUUUUAAGCUGAUGGGAACUAUUACAUCGUAUCUAAUAAUUUGCCUUGGAUUUGAUAAGGAACUUAUUCACCACUUUACCAAAGAAGAUAAUUCUAGCAUGAUUAUUAACUAGAUUGAGUUGCAUGUAGAUAAACUGUUAUGUAAUAGGGAGUAUAUAAUUGUAUUGUGCACGAGCUUUUGGUUUUAAUGUUAGUUAUUUAACGUUUUCUGUAGUUUCAAU